AUGGCAAGAAGUAAACCAUUCAGUGGUAAACAGAAAAAAGAUCAACUAAAAGAAAAAAAAGAAAGAAAAAGAAUCGAAAAUGCAAUACUUGAUAAUAAUUUAGAUAUUUCAAUACAAGAAAAAAGAAAAAUGGCAAGAGAAAUAUUAAAAGGAAAUAUAAAUAAUUCUGUAAAUAAUAAUGACCAUAUUUUAUCAAGUAAAAUAAUUUUAACGAAAAAUAAAAACGAUGAAAACAAUGAAGAUUAUGAAAACUCAGAUGAUACCGAAUCUGAGGAAGAAGUCGAGAAAGCUUUAAACCACAUCAAAGAAAUCAACACACAAAUGGCAAAGUUUGAUAAUAAUAAUAAAAAUAAUAAUAACAAUAAUAAUAAUAGAGACAAUGGAAGAAGAAUGAAUAAACUUGUAACCAUCUUUGAAAAAGAAUCAAAGGAGGAAAUAGAAUUAAGAAAACAGAAUAGUAAAAAACCAUUAGAUACAACAUUUAGAGAAAAGCCAUGGUUAAUUAUGAAUGAAUAUGAUAAAGAGAAUCAAAUUGAUAAUAAUAACUUUAUUGAUAUUCCAAAAAGACCAAAAUGGAGCUAUAGCAUGUCAGCAGAUAGAUUGAAACAGGAAGAAAGAUCAAUGUUUUCAAAUUGGCUUAGCGAUAUUGUAAAGAACUAUGACAAGAAAAGACUAAAUUACUUUGAAAACAAUUUAGAGGUAUGGAGACAACUCUGGAGAGUAUCCGAAAGGUCCGAUGUAAUUUUGUUAAUCACCGAUGCUAGAUACCCAUUGUUCCAUUUCCCACCAUCUCUUUACAACUAUAUUCAUGAAGAACUAAAAAAACCAAUGAUAUUAGUAUUAAACAAAACAGAUUUGGUAAAUAAAAGAAUUAUAGAGGCAUGGAUCAAUUACUUUACAAAGAACUAUCCAUCACUCAAGGUAAUCUGCUUUAGUUCAUUUGCAUCUUUUGAAGACGAGUCUGAAAUUGACUUUGAAGAUGCCACCAAAAAGAGAAAAAUGAAAAAAGGAAGAAAAAGAUACGAUUUAUCUAAAGGUAAACAAAAUCUAAUCGAAGCUAUCAAAUCGUUAUCAACACUUGGUAAUAAAGCAAAUUUAAUAACCGGCGAAGAUUUAGAAGAAAAAACAAAAGAGAAAGAAAAUAAUGUAAGUGAAGACGAUUUCAGCGAAGAAGAGGAUGACACCGAAGAUGACACCCAAGAUGAUGAAAAUAGUUAUGAAGAUGAUUAUGACAGUUACUAUAGCGAUUAUUGUAAUAAUGAAAAGAAACAACAACACCCUCAAGAUAAACAACAGUUAGAUUUUGUUACAAUUGGUAUGGUUGGCCACCCAAAUGUUGGUAAAUCAAGUUUAAUUAAUGGUUUGAUGGGUAAAAAAGUAGUUAGUACUAGCCGAACACCAGGUCACACCAAACACUUUCAAACCAUUGUCUUUUCAAAGAAUAUUCAAUUAUUAGAUUGCCCAGGUUUAGUUUUUCCAGCAUUAGAUAGACCAAAACAAUUACAAAUUCUUUGUGGUCUUUUUCCAAUAGCACAAGUUCGUGAACCUUUCUCUGCAAUUCAAUAUUUAGCUGAACGUGUUCCUGUAGAAAAGAUUUAUCGUUUAAAAAACCCAAAUGAAGAAGACAAUGAGCCAUGGAGUGCAUAUUCAAUUUGUGAAGCAUUUGCAUUAAAAAGAGGCUAUUUAGUUGCUAAAUCGGGUAGACCAGAUCCACAUCGUGCAGGUUUAGAGUUAUUAAAAGAUUGUGUCGAUGGAAAUAUAGUCAUCUCAUGGCCUCCUCCUGGAUUCACCAAAGACGAAUAUAUACAAUUGCUUUCAAAUCAUAGCAACGAUGGCGACAAUAGCAACGAAGCCAACUAUCAUAAUAAAGAUGAUUCAUCCAAUGGCCCACCAGCAACAAAAGCAUUUUUAAAAUACAAUAAAAAAUUAAAGAAAAAGAAUAUGUUAAAUAAAAUCGCAUACAGUGAUGAAAGUGAAGAUGAAGAAAUUGAUAGUGAUCCAUCAAUCGAAGAACAAUUUGUCAAAUCCCCAAAACAAACUGCAUUCAUGGCUUUAGAUUCAAUUAGUACCGAUGAAAAUGAAGAUACUAGUGACUUGGAUGAAAGUGAUGAUUAUAGCGAAAAAGAAAAAAACAAUAAAAAAACCACAACCAAAAAAACCACAACCACAAAUACCACAACCACCUCAAAAUCAACAUCAGCACCAAAAACAAAUAAAAAAAAGAAAAAAGGAAAUAUAAAACAUGAAUCUGAAUAUCAAGAAAGAUUAAAAGAAAAACAAAAUAAAGGUGGUAAUAGAAGGCAAUUAAUUUAG